GCCAUCCCCCCUCUUCGCCCUCUGCUGCGCACCCAAGCCCCAAGCUCCCAGUCCACCCCCCCCUACCUGCAUUCCACUCCCCCUCCAUUCUUCACUUCUACCCACUCCGCUCUCCCUUCCUCCCUCCUUCUGCCCCUCCUGUGCAUCUGAUUGCUUCGCUUCGCAAUUGCCAACAUGGCGACCGCUGCCUCCAGUCUUGUAGGCGUUGUGCCCAGCGCUGCUGUCAUCAGAGCCGGCAGCUCCUCUCUCUUCUCGACGAGAGUGCAAUGUAGGCCGGUGGCUAUGGGAUUCGAGCGGAAUGCUGGAAGGAUGGUGGUGCGGGCUGAAGAUGCCGCCGCCGCACCCACUCCAGCUCCUCCCGUCGAGAAGGAAGUGAAGCCUGUCAUCGGUCCCAAGAGGGGCAGCAUUGUUAAAGUCUUAAGGCGCGAAUCGUACUGGUUCAAUGACACCGGCAAGGUUGUGGCCGUCGAUCAGGCACCAGGAGUUAGGUACCCUGUGGUGGUGAGGUUCGAUAAGGUUAACUACGCGGGAGUGUCAACCAACAAUUACUCCCCUGACGAGCUCGAAGCGGCUGAGUAAGGCAGUUUAGCCUCUCUUGCUGGAACUCAUUAUCUGUAUUCGCUGACAAUUUAUCUGUAAAGGUUGCUAGUUACCGCAUCGACAGAAUCAAUGGGAUGUUUAACAUUGUCGGAGACGCAACCAGCAGAUAGAACAGGGGGUGUGGUGGAUGUAUGUCGGGGUAACUUGCGUAGGUUGUGUGUGACGAUCAUUUCAGUGUGGUGCGUGCAUAGUAUUUACGUAGAAUGAUGAUAUGAGUUGCGGAUUAAAAUUUUGUAACGUUUUUUGACUGAAUCGAUCUAUGGGCGGUGAAGCCCCGAAUUUUAUCAA